AGGUCAAUCAGGAUCGAUUUACAGAUUAUCAGCUGUUUUCUUUAAGGAGGAAGAGAUCUGGCUGACCGUGCUGAUGCUUGAGGUCUUGCUGGAUGAUAUUUUAACUUAUUAACAAGUUUGGAGUAUUUUAUUUUUUCACAAAAAAGUUUUCCCGUUCCAUUUUAUCCACUCGACGGUGCAAAAAUGCUGAGUCAACCAACCAAAGUCAAAGCCAAGCCGCCUCCACUAAGACUCGACAGUAACGUAGAAGCCGAAAACAAUGAUCGCUUCAGCUCAUCGCCCAUGGGUCACGCUAUGGCUGAUUACGAGGAAAAUGAAGCACAGUCAGAAUUUUAUCAUCAAUUUGAGAGCACACUGACCCAACUCCUGCACGAAGAUGAUUUGAUGCCUUUUAACCUCCACACUGCAGCAAGUUUGGGAAUCACUUCAAGUGUUAGACACCUCAUUGAAAGGUGUCAGGUGGACCCAGAUUCGAGGAACAGUGGCAGUUGGACUGCAAUCAUGUAUGCUAGUCUGUUCAGUCACAAUGAAACAGUAUUGUAUCUACUUGAAAUGAAAGCCAAUGUUAAUCUGAGGAAUCCAAAUGGCAAGACACCACUCAUGUUGGCUGCCCUAUGUGGUAGUGAAGAAACAAUCAAGCUACUUCUUAUGCAUGGAGCUUUACUAGAAGAGAGAGACCAAGACCAGUUUACAGCUCUCAUGCUAGCUAUUCAAGCUACCCAUGGAGAAUCUGCCCAACUCUUGCUUGAAUAUGGAGCAAACCCUAAUGUUAGAGAAGAGAUUCACGGGCAGACCCCAUUGUACAUAGCAUCUCAAUCAGGGCAGUACAACAUCGCCCGCGCUCUUAUUCAAAAAGGCGUUGACGUGAACAUGAGGACAUCUAGCGGUGACACUGCCUAUCACGUGGCUCUACGGAACGGUUACGCGCCAAUUGCAAACCUGAUUUCUGAACAGCAACAACGAGAACAGCUAGAGCAACAUCAACAACAAUGCAAUCCCUUCAACGUGAUCCCGUUAGACAGCACUAAGAAAACUAAACCCAAUCAUCUUCUUUUAGCUCCCGUGCCGACAAGAUUCAAGCCAAAGUCACCCUACACUGCAUUUUUCGAGAGAUUUGCCGAGUUUCCCGAAAUGUCUGUCCCCGGUUCUCUCCCAAUUCCUGAUGUUGUUAUCGACGAUGUUGAUGGUGUAGUACCCGAAACUCAGUGGUUUCCAUCGCCUGGUGAUGUUACGCGCUACAGUCCCGAAGGUGUAGAGUCAGUCAGAGAUACUUUUAAUCCUUUCAAUGCAUGGCCCGGCACUUCGAUGAUCUUCAAACAGGCUAUUGCACCCAACGGCAACAAUACUAACUGCCGUCCUAAUCAUUUCAAGAAAUCUAUUGCAAAGCCUGUGAUCGGCAACAUCUCUAAAGCCCUACCAAAUCCUUGGUCACCAGCCUGUGAACAGCGUCAACCCGCGAUGGGCAGUAAUGAUACAAGCAACUACGAAGAAAACUCGUCAGUAAAACUGCCUAGGGAUCUCUCUUCCGUCUUAGCCAAUUUAGGCCUCGCAAAAUACCAAAUGCACUUCGAAGAACAAGAUAUUGAUUUACAGGUAUUUUUGACCAUGAAUGAACAAGAUUUGCGCGAAAUUGGUGUCAACUCGUUGGGAGCGAGAAGGAAGUUUUUGUCGACAAUCGAAUACUUUCAGACCAGAAGCAAUUAUUACCAAAUUGGCGAAGAAUUUUUAGUCAAUACGUAUGUGGUUAAGCAAGACCUGAUCGAACUCAAAACCAUUUGGGAGGAGAUGAACAGGAUUGUAGAAGUAUUGCACAAUUUACAGGGUGCAAACAGAUCACCACGUGCGACACGAAAGAGAAAUGCGUACAUUGAUCAACUAGUCAAGCAAAUGCAGUGCGCAGAGAGAUUUUUUAAAAAGUACUAGUAGUGGUAAUUAUUUCUUACUUUCGUGUCUUUUAAUAUUUAUAACUUAUUUUUAUAAUAUCCGUACCAAAAGUUUUAUGCAUGAAUUAAGAAUUACUAAUAAACAGAUUUUACUUCAUAGGAAA